UACGAGUACAGGUUACUCGAACCGGGCCAGAUUCGCUUGGUAGAGAUACUGCCAGGGACUGGGUCGAGGGCGGCACUUCAGGUCAAGAUUAAACAUGUACACCUCUCGCACGCUACCCGAGUUCUCAGAUUUACUGCAAUCUCCUACGUCUGGGGCAAUGUCAACGACACCCGGACUGUCGCUGUUAUCAACUCAGAGUCUUUAGGUGGUCAAAGCCAGCUACGGAUAACUGCCAAUCUUCAUCACGCUCUUUGUCAAGCUCAGAAAUUUGGUGCUCCGGUCUGGGCCGAUGGGAUCUGCAUCAACCAAAACGCCAAAUCGGGGGCUUUUCUCAGGGGAGAAGGAACAACAGGUGAAGAUGAUGGGGCAGAUUUACAGCGGUGCCCAUAUGGUGUUGGCGGAUCUCGGCCCG